GUAUAUUUAUGAUAAAGCAAAGGACGCAGGGUAGUUCACUGGGUGACAGCUCCCUUGGACCCAUCUGUCUGUGAGCGAAGAAAGAAUGAAAAGAGGGGACCAUUUUACUGGCCGGACAGCACAGAAGAGCCAACAUAACAAAAGAUUUUGACAUGAAGAAAGACAUUGAGACGUUAAUAGCAGAGGAACGCGCUGACAUCAUCUCGAAAUAUGAUAAGGGCUGGGAAGCAGGAGUAGAAAUUGACCCCUGGGAAGAUGCUGACUACUCUAUCUACAAGUUCACAGAUCGCUUUGGCUUCCUGCACGAAGAGGAGUUGCCAACCCCCAGUGCACUUGAGGAGAAGCAAAAGCAGCAAGAGAUUGAAAGGGUGGAGAAAUGGCUGAAAAUGGUGAAGAAAUGGGACAAGUACAGGAACAGUGACAGGAUGUCUCGGAGGGUAUAUAAAGGAAUCCCUCUGCAGCUGCGAGGCCAGGCAUGGUCCCUGUUGCUGGACAUUGAGAAGGUCAAGAAAGACAACGCCGGGAAGUAUGAGAAAAUGAAAGAACAAGCCAGAAACUUCUCCACUGAAAUCAAACAAAUAGAUCUGGAUGUAAAUCGGACCUUUCGAAACCAUAUAAUGUUUAUGGACCGUUUUGGAGUGAAGCAGCAGGCUCUGUUUCACGUCCUGGCGGCCUAUUCAGUUUACAACACGGAGGUGAGCUACUGCCAAGGGAUGAGCCAAAUUGCGGCCAUCCUGCUGAUGUACAUGAACGAGGAGGACGCCUUUUGGGCCCUGUCCCAGCUGCUGACAAAUCAGAAGCAUGCCAUGCAUGGGUUCUUCAUCCCUGGGUUUCCCAAACUUCAGCGCUUCCAGGCUCACCAUGACCAGAUCCUCUCCAAACUCAUCCCCAAGCUCAAGAAACAUCUGGACAAGGAGCAGAUGACCACUGGAAUUUACACCACCAAAUGGUUCCUCCAGUGUUUCAUUGAUAGGACACCAUUCACCUUGACCCUGCGCUUGUGGGACAUUUAUAUACUGGAAGGGGAGAGGAUUCUGACUGCCAUGGCCUACACUCUGCUGAAACUGCACAAGAAGCGUCUGCUGAAGAUGUCACUGGAGGACCUGCGGGAGUUUUUGCAGGAGAAGAUCGCAGGCUCCAUCUCCUUGAGCGACGACAUGGUCAUUGAGCAGUUGCAGGCAUCGAUGUCUGAGCUGCGCAAGAUGAAGCUGGACCUCCCUCCUCCAGCAAAGAUGGAUGAGCUGCCGAAGAAGCCUCUGGGCCUGGAGCGGCCUGUGCUGCUGAUUCCGGUAAAGCCACAGCAAGCCACUAAUGGCAGGAAUGAGGCUGUAGUGGUGGAUGAAAGCCUGCCCCCAGACGACGCACCGGAUUCCAAGGGUGUUGCCCCUCCCUCCAUGCCCUCACCUGACCCGGUGUUGGUCCACAGCCAGCAGGAACCUCAGACAAUUACCUUGUCACCUCCUGGCUACCCCCCUUCCCCUGCCCCUGCUCCCCUCCCUGAGGAAGGUGGCCCAGCCAUAGAAGAGACGGGCCUAUGGCAGGUGGGCGGGGUGGAGCCCUCUGAGGAGUGGCCCCCUCCAUACGAGCCUCCUGAGUCCGACACCCUGGAUGAGCAGGCUGAGGACGAACCACUGGACCUGCCAGAGCUGGCUCCCCCUCCGCCCAUCUUCAUGGAAGAGUCCGGAGCUCUCCCCCACCCUGAGGCAGAGCCUUUCCCUCAGUGCCCGCCACCGCCUUCAGACCUCAAUCUCAAGGACCCCCACGUUCAUAGUGCCUUCCGGCUGCCAGGCAAGUUCCCCAUGGCCCUGUCGGCAGCUGAGCCUUGCGGUGACCGCCGGCCCUCUGGCAUCUCCCAGUAUGACAACUUGUCCGAACGAGAGGAGGAUCGCUACCUGGACCGGCUGCUGGAGAUGGCUGCUGCCCUACCGCAGAGCCGCUCUCCGGACACUGGGCACAGGGACCUUCCAGAACAUCCCACAACAGGUGACCCAUGCCCACCGCCCCUGCCCGCAGCCAGCCUUAAACCAAAACCCACGCCCAUGAUCCCACCCCCUGUCCCCACUCCUUCCACCAAGCCCCCCCCUUACACGAGAACUGGAGCCUGAGGGGCCGGAUGAGUCCGCCCGCGUAAUCGUGCCUCAGCCUCCAGCUCGCUUUGCAGAUAGGCUAGCCCCCUUCCAGUCAGUCCAGCCAACCCACAAUCUUGCUAGCCACAGGGCCAUCCAGGGCAGUGGUCCACAGCUUUCCGAGGGACGCCUGCCUAUGCGGCCACCAGUCCCUUCAGCUCCCAAACCCUCAGGACAAACAGCAGGGGUUCCCACGGUCCGCUCUGAUUCAGAUUUUUAUCGGACACAUGCCCCCAGCCAACAACUCCCCAAAUCAGUGACAUUUUAGCCUAAAGCCUCUGCAGCAUUUGCCUGUGUCUGUGUUAGCAUUCAUCUAAAGCAUCACGGCAAGUCCAAAUAAGGACAGAAUACUUCACUGUGAUUUAAAUUCACAGUGUGAUAGAGUGUACAGAAAGCAAUAGAAGAAAGAACUGUUCUGACAGACAUGUACAGAGUUCUUAACCUUUUAUAUUGUAUAGAAACCUUUUCUGAUACCAUGUUUUGAUAGUUUUAUAAAGUGAUCUUCUGAGGACAGACUGCGAAUAUUUAGUCUGAUAAAAUCCCAGCAUCAUGCUCCACAGAUCACCACCAGGAUGAAGAAAUGCAUGUCAGAAUUCUUCAUUUCAAAUCCUUGUCUGGCAGAAUGAAGAGAUCCAGGAGCAGUGUUGCUCAGUAAUAUGGAAAUCAAACAAAGAAGAAUCUGGGUAUCAGGUCAUUCUCACAUUUUCACCACAAGGCACAGCUGUGUUCCCAUUUAGAGUGGUGCUUUAUGUCCUUUGCAUUAUAUGUUCCCAUUUCUAAGGGUAAAGUGUGUCUUAAUUUAUAUUGCAGUGUUGAGUAACUAUGUAGGGGGCACACUUAGCAUCAGAACAAGGCUGAGCUGACAUUG